UUGCAGCCGUCUUCGACAAAUCCAGAGCAUCCUGAUGCAGAGCAGCAAAUCUCAACCUGAUGGAAUCCUCUGCAUUUUAGGAAUUGAUAGCCGGUACAAUGAAGGCUGUAGAGAGCUGGCCAAUUACCUUCUCUUUGGUUUGUAUAAUCAGAAUAACAGUGACUUUGAGAGAACUGGAUUUCCUGAAGAAGUUCUUGAUGAUGUAAUCAUAUUAAUCAAACCUGACAGUGUCCAUCUGUAUUGUAACCCUGUCAACUACAGUUAUCUUUUGCCAUAUGUGGCAUACUGGAGAAACUUGCAUUUCCAUUGCCUGACUGAAAACGAGUAUGAAGAUGAAGAAGCUGCAGAGGAGUUUAAAAUUGCCAGCUUCGUAGAUAUGGUUCGAGAUUGUAGUCGAAUCGGAAUUCCUUACAGCUCCCAAGGUCAUCUACAGAUAUUUGACAUGUUCAUUGUAGAAAAGUGGCCAGUAGUACAGGCAUUUGCACUGGAGGGGAUUGGCGGUGAUGGCUUCUUUACUAUGAAAUACGAGUUAAUGGAUGUCAGUGUGGAUCUGUGGAAAACAUACAGCAAAAUGGAUCCAGUUUCCCUGGAGGAUUUGAUUUUUGAGGAUUUAAUGAUUUUCGAACAUCAGUGGACCAGCUUUUUUGCUAAUUUUGACACUGAAAUUCCUUUCAUCCUGGAACUGUCAGAAUCUCAAGCAGGGGAGCCAUUCAGAAGUUACUUCAGUCAUGGAAUGAUUUCAAGCCAUAUAACAGACAACAGUCCUAGCAGACAGCCUUUUGUGCUAUUUGGUAACCACUCAAGUAAAGAGAACCUGAACUCGGGUAACUUUAAUUUUCCAUCUGAGGGACACCUGGUUCGAAACACAGGCCUCGGUGGAAGUACUGCUAAGCACAUGGCAGUGCAGUGUGUAUCUCCAAAGGGACCUCUGGCUUGUUCAAGGACCUAUUUUUUUGGAACAACUCACAUUCCUUACUUGGGAAAUGACAAUGAGAUGCAUGAGAAAACUAAACAAAUUAGGCUGUUAUCGCAAAUCUAUGGUGCUGUGGUCGAGGCUGUUCUCGCUGGUAUAGCAGGCUAUACCAAAACUUCAAGUGUUACCAAGGCAAAAGAAACAGCCGAAGAAAUUCUUUUGUCUAUGCUUGAUUCCUUUCAUCUAACACAAUUUAAAACUGCAUUACGUUCCAAAAUAGCUUUUCAGAUUCAAGCUGUGAACAGUCAUGGAAGAAUUAUUCCACUGGAUAAUGAGGAUAGCCUGUACUUAGUUAAAACUGCGAAUAUGACAAUAUAUGACAUUCCAGAUUUGCUAGGAGGAAGGGGAUGCUUGGGAUCUGUAGUCUUCUCGGAAUCCUUUCUGACAUCACAGAUAUUUAUAAAAGAAAAAGAUGGCAGUAUUAAUACAGAAACCAGCUACAUCAUUCUGACUGCAGCUAUCCCAAGAUACGUUUCUUGGCUGGUUGAAGAUAAUGAAGUGAAACUGUCUGAAAAGGCGCAGCAAAUAGUGAAGGAAGAUGAAUCCUUCCUGGGCGCUUUUCUCACAGGAGGUGAUGGAGCAUAUAUUUAUUCUAGCAGUUUGCAGGCUAUGCCUGAGGAAGGCAAAGUAUACUUCUUUUCAGGUGGCAUUCUGUUUUCCCAUCCCCAUCACGGAAGCAUUACUGUGUCAAAGAAUCAUAUGAAUUCCAUUAAGUUCUACGAUGGGGACUCUACUACUGUUGUGGCUGCUCUUUUUAUAGAUUUCAAAAGUUCUUUGCUUCCUCAUCUGCCAGUUCAGUUCCAUACCCCAAGCAACUGCCUGAUGAUUGGACUUUUCCCAAAAUCAAGGAUCUAUAAAGCUUUCUAUUCCCAGGUUUUCUCUUCAUGGCAACAGACAAACUCAGGAAUAUCUUUAAAGGUGCUCCAGGCAGAUUUCCUGUCUGCAGAACAAAAUAGAUUACACUCCAACAUACAGAAGCUGUGUAAUGCCUUGUCCUAUCCUGCAGAAAGAUGGAGCCACCUAAAAAUAUCUGCUAGCCUCCCUGAAUUAGAGAGGUUUCUGCAACACUUUGCGGUCAGCAGCAUGAGUCGUGAGCCAGUAAUGAGAGCACACCUUCCUGUUUUGUUACAACAGUCGGAAAGCAUUCCUGUUAGUAAACCAGAAAACGAUAAGGUGGUUAUCACUAUUAUAACAGGGCUUCCAGGCUGUCACGCCAGUGAUCUGUGCACUUUUCUGGUCACCUUUAACAAGGAGUAUGGAAGGUGGGUUGUUUAUCGGCAAACUAUGGAUAGCCCUGAAUGCUUCAGUGCAGCUCACUUCCAGCGUUACCUUUCAAGUGUUCUUGAGUCCCAACAGAACCGCAGUGCUCGUCAGUCCACUUACACCAGAAAGAAAAUGAGGCUGUUGGUGGUCUUGCAAGGAUAUACAGAUGUUAUUGAUGUUGUACAGGCACUGCAAACUCACCCUGACCCUGCUGUGAAGUCCUCUUUCAUCAUUGGAACAAUUUCUACUUGCGUAGAACCGCUUAGCUGCUAUAUGGAACAUAGAUUGCUUUUUCCUAAAUUCCUGGAUCAGUGUUCACAAGGUCUGGUGAGCAAUGUUAUCUUCACAAGCCAUACUACAGAGCAGAGACACCCACUCCUUGUACAGCUUCAGAGCCUCAUACGAGCAGCAAACCCUGCUGUUUCAUUUAUCUUGGCAGAGAAUGGACUUGUAACUAGGAAUGAGGAUAUGGAGCUAAUACUCUCUGAAAGCAGUUUUUCAAAUCCUCAGAUGAUGAGAGCUCGUUAUUUAAUGUAUCCUGGCUGGUUUGAUGGUAAGUUUGGAGCUGGCUCUGUCUUCCCACCAAUGGUUCAGAUCUGUGUGUGGUUUAGCCGUCCUCUGGAAAAAACACGGUUUGUGACCAAAUGUAAAGCAAUUAAGUCAUCAAUUAAGCCAAGUCCAUUUUCUGGAAACAUCUACCACAUUUUGGGCAAAGUUAAGUUUUCAGAUUCUGAGAAGAUGAUAGAAGUCUCUCAUAAUACACCAGCAAAUUCAUUAAGUCUUGUGCCUGUUCAGGGGGGGCCUACCCCUCCUGAUUCAAGAAAUGAUAACCGAGAUCGCAGUGGUCAACAGGAGUGCUUCCUUGUCUUCAUUGGCUGCUCUCUUAAGGAAGAGGAUAUAAAAGAUUGGCUCAGACAAACUGCAAAGCAGAAACCUCAGAGGAAAGCGUUGAAAACCAGAGGAAUGCUAACUCAACAGGAGAUCAAAAACAUUCAUAUGAAGCGCCACUUGGAUCCACUUCCAGCGGGUUACUUUUACAAUGGAACUCAGUUUGUGAAUUUCUUUGGGGACAAGAUGGAUUACCAUCCAUUAAUGGACCAGUUCAUGAAUGACUACUUAGAAGAAGCUAACAGAGAAAUUGAAAAAUACAACAGAGAACUAGAAGAACAAGAAUAUCAUGACCUCUUUGAGCAGAAGACAUAAGCAUGCAUGUUUGUGGUAUUCAGUGCAUAUAAACAUUGUGGGUUUCUAAACUAUCAUCUGACUAUCUGUAACUGAAAAAUGCUGUCAGCCUUGCUGGUUAACAAGAAAAUGAAAAGUAAAUGUGUUAGUUUUCAGCAGUUUUAAAAUGAGGCUUCAUUCCUGUAAGGCUGGCAUUUCAAUCUGAUAGCUACUUUAGUUGUUUGUGCAGUCUGGUUCACAUCCACUUCAGAGAAAUUCCAGAUUGUAAAAAGCAUCACCUAGAAUUUAUCUGACUAGCAGUGGAAAUACUACAUUAGAACUGUGUGUUCUAAUAGCCCUGUGUAUGAGCAUGACACUGGUUUCUGAUACAGAUAAUCAAAAGCGUGGAGCUCAUUUCUCUGUAUGGCCUGCACAGAAUGUGCACAGGUGUCCAUACAUGAAAAAAGGGCCAACAGGUUUUGCACCAUGACGUAUUUCAGUAUGAGUUUGAGCGUGUUCCUAAAGCGAGAAAUGGGGGAACACUUGAAAAGCUCUGAAAAGAGCACCUGAGCUUGCUGCUGCUCUCCACAGCUCAUUUUCUCAUGCAACACUGUUAGUGUCAUGCAGAAUGCAUUAUAGGCAGAGUCGUAUAAGCUAUGCCCUGCCGUCCCUUGGGAGUAAAAGGGUUAUCCUGUAAACUUUCCUGUAGCCCCAACAUCUGAGUAAAUCUGGCUAUGAGCCAGGGAUCUUUUGGCUCAAGAGAUGAAUUAUUUGUCUACUCUAAUUUGUUUCCAAAGGUAAAAGAUAACUUAAAGUACUUUAUCUGUCAAGCUUUCAGGAAAGUCCAUGUGCCCAUGCCUUCCACAGAACUAAACACUGAGUUGGAUUGUUGCUUUUCUUGUUUGCUUUUUCAAACUGAUGUCACAGGGAGAAUUAUGGCACCUUGUCCUGUAAAUUAAACACGAACUAUUUUGAAUGUGACUACACAGAACACUGUCCAAGACGCUGCAGGCUACUGACUAACAUCAUUGUAAGGCUUCCUACCUUGAAAAACAGAUUACUGUAACUCACUGUGUAUUUGGAAAUCAGUUUUGUGGAAACCAGCCAUCGCUGAACAUUUUAACUUGCAUGCUCCUUUGCCUCAGGACCAGAUAAGGACCAUCUUUUAGUGUAUCUACGACCUUUGCUGAUCAGAAGUAUUUGAUGCAAUAAGGAUUUAUUGAAGGAAUAAUUCUGUGUAGUACGCUUAUAAUAAUGAAGCUUAAUUGAUGUGUUCAGACAAGAAAGCUACAAUUAACUCCUGCAGUCUGGUGAAAGUCUACAUAGAAAUGUGGAUGCCUUCUUUAGGGAAUAAGUUCUUUACAUUUGGAAUAAAAAACGGCUAAAAUUUGUUAGAUUAUGAACAUGAAACAAUUUAGAUGAAAUAUUAGCAUGUAUCACUGCUAGCUUAUCUCUAUGAGCUGCCUCUGCUCUGAUCAUUAAAAUAUACAGAUGUGAUAGGAAUGUUCAGACUUUGAAUUCCAGCUGGGGCAGAUCAGGAUGUAAAUGUUUGUAAGUCUGCUUCUUAGAUAGUUUUCAUACUAGACAUUAAAAGCUUUCAGAAUGUAGGCAUUAUAUUUCACACCAUAGGACUUGAAUUAGAUAGAAGUGGUUUCCUUAUAAAGUACAGUAAAAGCCAGCAGUUAGUUCCAAGUUUUGUAUACUUUCUGGGGCAAACCAUAAUACAGGUAUAAAGCAUCAUCGUAAAGCUCGAGAAAUAUCUAUGCAUGGCCACACUUUAGUCUUUUAAUAUACUUAGUGCCUGGUAGGGUAAACGUAGCUAACAGUUGAUUUUUUUGGGAAUUGUCAGUGUUUAGAAACUAAGUAAAAUUGGCUGUGGAAACUACAUAUUAAGCCAGGGUUGAUUAAAAACACAAAAUUCUGAAGGUAAAUAUUGCAACAAAGGGGGCAUUUGGAAAAUAAAAUAAUUCUUUGCCAAUAUAACUUAGCAUAAACAUUGUGUGCUCCUUUUUAGCAUAAAUUUGUCUAAUCUGCAAAAGCCAUAUAUCUAGAAUAGCUGUAUGACUAUGUAAUGUCAGAUAUCAAAUACCAGGAGCUGAGACAGCAGGCACUUUGUUGACACUUUGUCUCAACUCGGAAAUCCGUAACAGAUUAUGUUUUAAGUGCAAUUGAUAGAUGAUACUGUAGUUUACACUCUGCUGAACUCUUUAAGAAUUCUAAUUUGUGCGGCUCUUGAAAAUAAAUAUUGAUGGGCUGAUUCCUCAAGGUUUCCUAUAAUGAGCUAAUUAAAAUAGAUGCCCUUUGACCAAAACAGGAAAUCAUAAACAGAUUAAAUUGGGUUUAUUGCUGCACAGAUUAAGCUGUUUUUAAAGCCUGAAUCAGCAGAGUUCACCACAGCACAGGCAUAGUAUAGAUACUAUAUUCUGUACUGCAUGCUGAGUGGUAACAGUAGCUGUGUAAUAUGAAGAAAGACCUUUCACCAUACUGGUACUAUUUCAAUUAAUAUCUUUUGGUAUUGACAUAAUUUGAUUACCUCAGCUUUUAAUGUUUAACUGUGAUUUUUUUUUAAUAAAAAUUACCGAACUAGUGAAACUGUGACAAUGACAUCCUUUAAACAUAGCAGUGCCUUGCAUAUGGCGCCAUCGAUGCACUAAGCGAAUUACGGGAGUGGUCGUCAUGGGUUGUAUUGCUUGCACCCCUUUUUUUAAAGGAGAAACGGUGUUGGUGAAAGGACUUACAAUUAACCUAGUGAAAACUAUUAGCACAUAUGGUUAAAUCGUUUUUUAUUAAAAAAAAAAACUCUUUGAGGACUAAAAUGUAUAAAUACUUGAUGCCGCUAAUGUUUUAUAGCAGUUGCUGAUUAAUUUUGGAGUUGCUUCCAACAGUUGCCAGCCCCCUUUUUUUAAGGGGGAAGGAAUAUAAUUUUUGUACUCUGUCAGAGAUGUAUAUACCCUACUGAACCCUAACUACAGGGUAAUCUGGUUUUUAUUUUUUGAAGUGGAAAUAAAAAUUGGGUUAAUAAUAAAUAUCUAGUUUUGAAACUUUUUAGCUACUGUAAAACAAAAAAGCACCAUCUCUCGAUAAGCUGUAAAUGUUCAAAUAAGUAAAAAGUGCCAUUAUACUUUCUUUUUACUGUAUAAUGAAAAUUGAUAACAGUAACUUUGUGUCCAGGCAUUUCUGGAAUUGUGAUGAAGUGCUUAAGAGUCCUCAAAGGGUUUAUAUGCUUCGCUGACCUUAACGUUAGCAGCUUGUGUUGUUUCUCACAGAGAAUGAGUGUGGUCAGAAGUUGCUGAAGUUAUAGGGAUUAAAAAAUGUGACGAAUUUAGGAAGGGAACGCUUGCAACUUGAACUGACCUGUGAACUAGGAUAAUUUCUUUUGUAAAACUGUGGAGUUUGGUAUUCCCAUUUUUACACCUUCGUACUUAGCAAAAAUGAUUGCAGGAAGGGUUUACGUUGCAAUUAAAAGUUCCCUAUUACGUUUUAUAUUGAGGUUUUUCUGAAUUUGCACAGAUAUAAGCUCUGGAAUGCCUUGUUUGGUAUUCUUAAAAGGGAAAAUUGUCACUAGUAUAGUAAAUCGUAAACUGUGAGUUGUUAGAACAACAUUGUUAAUCUAAUUUUAGAUUGUUAAAGAUGUACCUCAAAAGGCUAGUGAGAAAUUGCUUCAUUGUUACACGGUUGUCAAAUACUAAUGGAAGAAAUCUCACUUUACAAUGUGCCAAAAUUCACUUUUAUACUAGUUUUCAAUGCUUUAAUAUUUGCAACUUGUUAAGUUAAAACUUGUAUUUACAAACACUACUGUAACUUCAGUGAAACUGAAUUGUGUGAUUGAAGCUUUUUUGCUUAUUAUUGUAU